AUGAAUUCUCCAUUCCCUAAUAUUCCUAUUGGAAAACGACGUCUUAGACGAAAUCCACAUCGUGAUAAUCAUUCAGUGUAUACAAGCAAUAGAAACAUGAAUAAUGAUGAUGAUGAUAAACAGGAGAGAAUAGUAAAUUCAAUUGUUACAGAUGGUAAUAUGGAUUUGAUACAAACUGGUCAAAUGAUUAAGGUUCGAUGGAAGUAUGAAGAUGAUGCUCCGCGCCAAAUACUUACAAAUGAUCUUGAUGCAGGAACUUACAAAAUGAAUUAUGAAGAUAACCAAUUGGAUAAGAAUGGUAGUCAAAAUUCUAUUAAAAUGAAUAUAUCACAAAGGUCAAACGAUAUACCACCAUCAUCAUCGUUCAAAUCACCAGGAGUACAUCAACAACAUCAAGUUGUUGGUGGUUAUUCAACACUGAAACCAACUUAUGUUAUCUCCUUCACUGGUCUUCCAUCUGAUGAACGUGAUUAUUAUGCUGAGAUUGUAGAAAGAUUAGGCGGAGAGGUUGAUAAUCAAACUACACUAAGUGAACGAACUACACACUUGAUUGUGCAUACACCAACUAGAAGUGAAAAAUGUCUAAUUUGUCUUGCUAGCGGUAAAUGGAUGUUACACAAAUCCUACUUAGAUGCAUGUUCACGUGAAUCUCGUUGGGUUGAUGAAAUUGCCUAUGAAUGGGGUGGUCCCGGUACUGAACCUCUUCUAAUGCAAUUGAGUCCAUUUCCACGACCUGGUAUUCCAUUAACUCAUCAACAACAACAAGCUGCUCAAAUCAGAGAUUUAGCUAGGUCUGCACGUCGUUGGCGAUUAGCUGGUGGUAAAGCGUUCAACAAUUGGAAAGUUAUCUUUGGACCUGGUUGUGAUAAAGAAAGUAGCUUUAGACGUGUGAUUGAAGCUGGCGGUGGAAAGGUAUUAGCAAAUAGUCCACCAUUUCCUUCUGUUAAUGAAGUAACUCAUGCAUUCUUCAAUCACGUGGCAAUUCACUAUCAUCCAAUUUACCUCAUGAUUAUUCUUGGCUACGUAUUGAUUAUCUUUGUGCUUAUCUUAGUGCUGGACAAGAGAUUUGUAAGGCGGACUACUUACUUUAAGUAA